AUGAGAGAUCCCCCAUCUUCCCUAGUUCCUGUGAAAGAUAUUGAACUGCCAAGAUCAUGGCAUUCUUUCUUCACUUUUGGCUUAUUUCCAAGAAAGAAUCCCCACCCUGUGAGUCUGGUGUUAGCUUCCUUAAAAGAUUUACGCUUUUUGAAGCGUCUAAAUCUGAAUGACUGCAAUCUUUGUGAAGGAGCAAUACCUGAAGAUAUUGGUUUAUUGUCCUCUUUAGAAGAAUUAAAUCUUGAUGGAAACCAUUUUGUUAGCCUUCCUGCAAGCAUCAGUGGGCUUUCUAAUCUUUGGAACAUCACAUUGAAGAAUUGCAAAAGGCUUCAAAAAUUGCCAAGCCUUCAAUUAAACGGACUACUAGAUAUGUGUGUAAACACUGAUAAUUGUACUUCCUUGAAAAUAUUCCCAGAUCCAACAUCGACGUGCAAUGGUUUAAGUUCUAUGUCGAUUAGUUCUUCCAAUUGCUUCAAUUUGAUUGGCCAUCAAGGUUCCAGUUCCAUAAUAUUUUUAAUGCUGAAGAAAUUCCUUCAGGUACUUCUCCUUCUUCCUCCUUCCUUCCCUCUUUAGUUGUGUAGUACUAUUUAUAUCCUUCCUUUGGUGCAGGAAAUUCCUCGUUCUUUGGGCAUCAUCGAUAUUAUAAUUCCUGGAAGUGAAAUUCCUGAGUGGUUCAAUAAUCAAAGUGUGGGAGACUCAGUAAUUGAGCCACUACCUUCGGAUUCUAAUAGCACGUGGGUGGGGUUUGCUUUUUGUGCUCUAUUUGUAGCUACUGCUACGAAACAUAAUUCAAUCACUUUUCGUUGCCUUUGUGAUGAUUUAAACACCCCUGCGGGCCUGGGUUAUACUGUUGCCAUAGACUAUGUAGCGUCCGAUCACCUUUGGUUGAUCCUCCUGUCUAGGCAACAAUUCUUUUGGAAACCAAGACAGAGACCUGAGACCUAUUGGAGGGAGAAAUGCCAUGAUCAGAAGAUGAGGUUUCAUUUCGAAACAAGAUCUUAUCCAGGAGAGAAGACGGGGGUGAAGGUGAAGAAGUGUGGAGUCCGCACACUAUACGAACAAGACGCGGAAGAGCUCAACCGAACAAUGAAACAAUAUUCCAACAGAAAUAAUUCUUUUUAUGAGGACGUUACAGAUUAUGAUUUUGACAAAUCAGACAAGGUACAAGGUGCCAUCACUAAGCGAACACGUGAACAGUACUGUACUGAGGCAGGACCAAGCGGUAUUGGUACCCUUGGCAAAGAAUCACUCUGCAAAAGAAUGAAAGAAGACUAAUCAGAUCCAAAUUUGAUUGGGGGGGGAGAGUUCCGUCAUCCAGAAGCCUAACGGGCGCAUUUUACCGACUAGAGCAUUUAAACAUGGUUGGGAAACAUCUAUGUAUGCUUAAAUUGUUUCUUUCUUAGGCUAAAUCUCACAUGUGCUGUAUAAAUUCAAUAGGUUAAUUAGUGAAGCCCUAUUUGAGAGAUUGACAUUAACUGGGGCGUGGACAGGUCAAUCAACUCCAAAA